AUGACGCGACACGAACACUUCCGCUCAGUUACUAUGACAACAUCGCGCGUCAGGUCUCCGAGCAACAGGAGCGCGUUCGAUUCAGCGGAGCUCAGUCGCCGUUCCUCCGUGUUUCCGGUCGUAGCGCUGCUCGUAAAGCACUCAUGGAUUCCGCUGCUCUGAAAGCAGACGCUCUUCUGAAGCUGGAAGUCGAACACAAAAAGAAAAACGUGUUUGUAACGCAGCUGGAGGAGCACAGAGAGCAGAUCGAGGAGCACAUCAAGCUCAUCCCGGUGAUAACAGAGUCCUCCAGCGGGCUCCUGGACACCGGCGUCCAUACGCUGCAGACCACACUAGUCCUGAAGAAGCGCUCAGAGGUGGACGCAGUGGACACACGGCUGAUGGACACGCGGCAGGAGGUUCAGAGGAGCAUGAAGACCCUUCAGCAGAGACGAGCCCAGCUCCAGCAGAGACAGACGGAGACCAAACACAGGGCAGCAGAGUUUGAGAGGUUUGUGGAGGAGAACGAGGUGAAACGCCGCCGUGCGCUGAAGAAAUACCAGACGGAGAGAGAGCAGAAUGAAGUGAGAGAACAGGAGAAAGCUGAACUCUCCAAACAACUCCAGGACUUACAAACCAGGCGUCUGUCUUUACAAGAGCGAGUCAACAAAUACAAGAUAUUCGAGGAGUUUCUGAUGAAAACUCUGGACUUACUUCCAGACAAGUAUGUGGGCUGUGGGACGGACCUGGUGACGCCCAUCAUCAGACGCUACGAGACGCUGACCAUCAGCCGACAGGACCUCCUGCAGCAGUUGUCCAGCCUGACGGACGAGAUGAAGUCCAGCCAGAACCACAUGGAGUCCCUCAGACAGGAACACAACACCUUUAAACUGAUGACCAACCAGGAGCUGUCCGAGCGGCAGACACAGCUGGAUCAACUCAAAGAGAGGAACAAACAGCUGGAAAUGAUGCUCCACAUGCACCUGGGCCAGUCCAGAGACCAGGUGGAGGAGGUCGGGAACAUUUUGAUCGCGGUGAAGAACCUGGCGGAGCAGUGUUAUCUGAGUCACUACGGAGCUCUAGACCUCAUGGACACCUGCACCAUGAUGGACAUGAUAAAGGAAUUCAUCGUAGAGAAAGCUGACAUGGAGAGGAGAGCCAUGAGACUCGUGGCCAGCAGCGGUGCGACUGUAAAGAAGAUGUCCAGCAGGAGCCGAGCGCUGACCGCCCUGAAGACCCCGCCGUAGACCAGUCCGUCCCCCAGCGCGCUCCAGCUCGGUCAGACACACACAUUCAGCUCAUGUGAAGCGUUGGUGAAGAUGAAGAACAGAUGCUGCACAUUAAACCCAAAACAUCUUGAUAGAGAUGAUCAAACACUUCUGUUCAAAUGUUUUUAUUCUUCAGCUUGAAAAUAACUGGUUCAUCAGUAAUUCUGUGAAAUACAUUUCAAAAUGUAUUCAAAAACAAGGACAGUGUGACGUUUCAGUUUCAGUUCAAUCUGAAGCUCAUUUUUACAAGUUUUUUCAAAAUCAAACAACAUGAGAGUGAGUGAAUGCUUUGGGUGAAAUGCCCAAGAUGAAAAGCUGACAGAUAUAACAUUAAACAAGUCAUUAAAAUGUAGAAAAAUUAUUGGAAAAUAAAUGCACAUACAUUUUGGA